AUGUUGUACGGCAAGCUCCUCGUCUUCGCCCUUUUGGGCACAACCCUCGUCCUGGCUGACUCGGCCGAGGUCCCCGACAACGAGGUGAUCGACAGGAGCGAGUUCGCGAGCAAACUGUCCGAGUGGGCGAAGAGCGUGUCGGAGUCCCUGAGCGCGUACUUGGCCCGGGGCAGACAGAACUUUGGCGAGCUCGUGGCGGAGCUGAAGAAGGAGAGCCGGCAGGCGGCCGAGCUGAGCAAAGAGAAGGCAGCCGAGCUGAGGGAGAAGUACGAGGACUUCCGGAAAAAGGCCCAACGGAGGUUCGAGGAGGAGAGAAGGGUCUGGAGCGCCCGCGUGGCCGAGUCCCUCAGACGCGGCAGGGAGCACUUCGAGAAGGCCAAGGAGGCGUCCAGGGUGGCUUUCGACGAGUUGUACGCCAAGUGGAGGGAACAGUACCAGAAUUACAAGGAGGCCAUCAAGGCGGCUCUUGCAGAGAGGAACGAGACCCCCGAGGAUAACCAGUAA